GCGUAGAAGAUAUGGUUGCAGUUGACAGGGGAACGCGUUAGAAGUAUUGCUAUCAUACAAUCACAAUUCUUCCUUUCUCUCUUUGGACACAGUGAAAAUAGCAGAUAUUGCAGUUGAAAAUCCUACAACAUGGAUAGAAUGGAUGUUAUAGCUAAUGCAAACAGUGUUAAUGACAGUGAAAACUCGGAUUCCAUCGAGGGAUUUUACGCCGCUAAUGCAAUCUUAGUGACUGGAGCAACAGGUUUUGUAGGGAAAGGUAUUUUGGAGAAACUAAUGCGCGUGUGUCCACGCAUUGCCGCAAUUUUUCUCCUUAUUCGUCCGAAGCGGAGCCAAACGUUAGAGCAACGAUUUAAGAAGCUCUUAGAUGAUCCAAUUUAUGACUACGUCAAAGAAAAGGAUCCGUCAAUUUUGAGCAAGAUUCAUCCCGUACAAGGGGAUGUGAGCCUGCCAGAUUUAGGUCUUUCGCCUAAAGACAGGAUAAUGUUGACAGAGAAUGUGAAUAUUGUGUUUCAUGUCGCGGCUACCGUGAGAUUUAAUGAACCUUUGAAUGUGGCUGUUAAUAUAAAUACAAAAGGUACCGCUCGCGUAAUCCAACUGUGCAAGGAGCUGAAGCACGCAAUUAGUGUCGUUUACGUUAGCACAGCUUAUAGUAAUGCGCAUCUGUCAGAAAUUGAAGAGAAAAUUUACAGCACGUGUCUAGAACCCUCCGCAGUGAUUGAUAUAUGCGAAGGAGGAAACAAGAUGUUCAUCGAUCAAUUAAAUAAAAGAAUCCUAAAAACUUAUCCAAACACAUACACGUUCACAAAGAAUCUGGCAGAGCAAAUUAUUUCCAGCAAUAGCGAUAGUUUUCCAGUUGCGAUAGUGCGACCAAGUAUAAUUGGCGCCUCGCAUGAAGAACCGUGUCCUGGUUGGCUGGACAAUAUUUAUGGAGUUACUGCUAUCUUUCUACAAAUCGGCAAAGGUAUUUUAAAAGCAGUAACAGCUAACAGAGAUGCAAAGCUGGACCUAGUACCUAUUGAUUACGUGGUCGACACGACAAUAUGUGCGGCGUGGCAUAUUACUCUACAUCGUGACAAUAAACCUAAAGUGUACAACUGUACGAGUAACGCGCCCCCCAUCACAUGGGGCCAGCUGAAACAAAUGUACACAGAGUGUAGCAGAGACAUACCAAUGAACGAUGUGAUAUCAUAUCCAUAUUGCGUGAUAGUAUCUAACAAACUUAUUUAUAGUGUUCUGAGUAUAUUUCUGCAUGUUUUACCUGCAUUCAUCGUGGAUAUUUUUUUAAUACUUCGGGGUAAAAGGCCAAUGAUGAUCAAAGUUAACAAACAUUUGAAUCAGCUACUUGCAGCGUUCAGUUAUUUCAACACGCACGAGUGGACUUUUCACAGAUGUAACAUUACUGAAAUGACGAUGAAGGUGAAGACAUUGGAAGACAGCGACAUCGUGAAAUUAGAUAUGAGAGAUAUGAACUGGAAGAAGUAUAUCGCAAAUUAUCAAAUAGGAAUCAAGAAAUUCAUUCUAAAAGAGAGCUCUGACUCUGUAAAGUCAGUACGACAUCAAUCAUCGCUCGAUGAUAUUUCUGUUUAUUUCAGGUUGUACUGGAUGUAUCUGGGAACUCAGGUAUUCGGUGUAGUCGCGCUUUCAGCUACAAUAGCGCUUUUAGCAUUAAAUAUUUCUAAUUUCUAAUUUGUACACUGGCUGUUUCAAUGAUACUUUCUCUACAAUUGGAAACAAACUACAGCGGAGUUCCGUACAACUGCGAAUUCGCACAACACAAUAAAAAUAUUGUGAUCCUCUCUCGUGAUGGAAACAGCCCUGUAUAACACGUAAGAUAAAUUCAAUAUUUCUUUGACAUAUCUCUUAGACUUUCUAUUUAAAAACACUUUUCCAUCUUGGGGGAUUAAUACAAGCAAUUCUAUUCUCGCCCGUUGAACGGGCGUUAUGAGAAAAUAUUCGGGUUCACAUUCAUAUCCAUAUAACGUUUCUUAUAAUGUUCUUAUAUGUUCCAAGUUAUGAGGUGUAAAUAAAUGUUUCGAUCUAAAAGAAA